AUGAGUUCCAGCAGAACCGAUGCAUUACCGGGGUCCCUCCCUUCGUAUGCGCCGCCGCUCGGAGGCCACGCCCCGUCGCGGCCAGCAUCGCUGGCACGCCGUCGCGCCCUCAGGUUAAUUCUGGGGUUGGCGUUGUUCAUCCUCGUCGGGUUGGGUUUGUAUAUAUACAUCCCGGGGCAUCCAAAGCCACAAGCUCAGCCCAAACCUCAACCUCAACCUCAGCCGGAGCCUCCAUUGAAGUCUCCACCGGAGCCUCAGCCGCAACCACCCCCGCAACCGCAACCGCACCCUAAACCUCCACCAAAGCCUCAGGAGCGGUUUCCUCCUGCGCACGCCACCGACUUCAGAAUCCAUGAUCCUAGCAUUAUCCGCGUGGGCGGCACAUACUAUUCCUACAGCGUGGGAAAGCACAUCCUCAUCCACCAAGCUCCCAGUCUAGACGGGCCCUGGAAACGCGCCGGGACGGUCCUCACGGCUGACAGCAUCAUCCCCAAGGGCGACCGGAAAGCGCCGUGGGCGCCGCAGACGAUUCAUCACGGAGAUACGUACUACUGCUUCUACGCCGUCAGCAACUCCGGGUGCCGCGACAGCGCCAUCGGCGUCGCCACGUCCAAGUCGCCGGGCCCCGGCGCAUGGACGGAUCAUGGGCUCCUCGUCCAGUCCGGGACGGGUCAAGGGUCGGAAAAGCACCCGUUUGCUGGUUCCAAUACGAUCGAUCCCAGUGUCAUUGUGACCCAGGAUGGCCAGGGUUAUCUAAUGUUCGGCAGCUUCUGGUCCGGCAUCUGGCAGGUCCCGCUAGGCAAGAAUUUGAUCUCCGUGGGCGGCGACACGCACAUCGAGGCGCAGCAGCUCGUUUAUAUGGAGAAAGCACCGCUGCCGGCAAGCAACAAUCCCAACCCGCUCUGCCGGGAGCCGUCAGGUGGUGCCCGGCCCAUUGAGGGGAGCUUCAUCUCCUACCAUGAGCCUUGGUAUUAUCUGUGGUUCAGCUAUGGGAAGUGCUGCAAGUUUGAUGUGCAGAAUCUACCUCCGCCAGGAAGAGAGUACAGCAUCCGAGUUGGCCGGUCAAAGAACCCUCGGGGACCGUUCGUCGACAAGCAAGGCAGGGACCUUGCAAAAGGCGGCGGCGAAAUUGUAUAUGCCUCCAAUCGCGACGUCUAUGCGCCAGGAGGACAGGGGGUAUUGACGGAGGAGAGCGGCGAUAUCCUAUAUUAUCACUACUUGAACAAAUCGAUGAGCUACGAGUUUGGGGAGGCUCGACUGGGGUACAAUCCGUUGGAAUAUGUCGACGGCUGGCCCGUUCCUCAGUGA